AUGAAGAUCUUCCUUUUCUUUUGUGUCACACUUUUAGCAACAUGUCACGGUGAUGAUCUAAGCCAUGAACAUGGUUCAACCAACAAAGUAUUCCCACUCCGGAUGAAAACUGGUCCAGGUGGACACUACAUUCCAGAAGUGUCAUGUUCUAGUUGGAGACUUGGUGUUGAAGCACACAACGUUAUUAACUGGAAAACAGUUCCACUCGAAUGUGAAACCUACGUUGGAAAUUACAUGUUAGGUGAUCAAUAUAGAGCUGACUCCAAAACUGUUAACCGUGAAGGUUAUUACUAUGCUAAGACUCUUAAUAUAAGUGGAGAUGGAAAAGAUAUAUGGGUCUUUGAUAUUGAUGAAACUUCACUAUCUAAUCUUCCUUACUAUGCUAAACAUGGUUUUGGGGUGAAUCCAUACAAUGAUACAUCGUUUAACGAAUGGGUUGAUCUUGGAAAAGCACCGGCACUGCCGGAGUCACAGAAAUUGUACAAAAAAUUGUUAUCUUUUGGUGUGAAGAUUGUGUUCUUAACUGGAAGACCACUUAAACAAACUGAUAUAACUGCUAAGAAUUUGAAACUUGCUGGAUAUCACACAUGGGAAAGGCUUAUUUUGAAGGAUUUAUCAAUAUAUCAUGGUAAAACAGCAGUAACAUACAAAUCAAGUGAGAGAAAGAAAUUGGAGGAAGAAGGAUACAGAAUCAUUGGAAACAUUGGUGAUCAAUGGAGUGAUAUUCUUGGAACCAACACUGGCGAUAGGACUUUCAAGCUCCCUGAUCCUAUCUACUACAUCGCUUAA